GAGAACGCUGCAUGAUGGAGAGAGUACCAUUAAUUUGGAAGAUAGAAAAUAAUGGUCUGUGGGGGAAUAUAUUGACAGACCUCCUAGAAGCCCUUUCCUUAAUACCCUAAUAAGUGUCUCUGGCCCCAGAUCCCAGUCACUUUUUAUUAUAUGUAUCUAUUUUCGAGUCUUGAGAGUCCCUAUCAUCCAACAUCUUGUUUGAGUUUUCUUUUGGCUUGCUUACUACCUGUCUCCCUAUAAAGUGUAAGCUCAAGAGGGCACGGCUCUUACCAGUCCUGUUUAGAUAUAUGUAUUAAUACAAGUGCCUGGUGCAGUGUCAAGCAUAUCACAGAUACUGAUAAAGUGUGCUGAAUAAAUAAAUGAAGCAAUUUAAUUCUGAUAUUAAAUUCUCUCUGUAUCCAUUAAUUGUAUUUCUGUUCCCUCAGUGUUUUUGUUUAUAUGCAAGUGCAAUGAAGAAGAACACCAGCAAACCUACCAUGAGGAUCAAUAAGCAAGAUGCUGUCUGCACCCCACACUCCCAUGAUCCAGGACAUCUUCAAAAUAUGUUGGAUGGAGGAGAGUAUGGUCCUUUUGUAUCUCCUCCCAUGUUAGAGAGCAAUUUUAUCCAGGUCAACAGGAGAGGUGAAUCCAUUUACCUUCAUAAUCGAGCCAACUGGGUGACUGUAGGCAUCUGUUCUUCCAGCUCCACCCACAAGAUCCCCAAUGUGAUGCUACUGGCACAUCUGACACCUGGUGCUCAAAAAGAUACAGAACCCCUGUUUAAAAGUCUCCUGACAUCUCCUCCUGCAGAGAAACUGGUGCUCACUAGGUUUCUCCCUCUGCAGUUUGUGACUCUUUCUGUGCAUGAUGCUGAGAACAUGCGCCUGAAAGUAAAGCUGGUGAGUGGUCGAGCCUACUACUUACAGCUCUGCGCCUCUGCAUGCAAACAGGACACCUUAUUUUCUCAGUGGGUGGCCCUCAUCUCCCUCCUGAAUCAGGAGAAAGCCAAAGUUUCCAAAGUAUCAGAGGUUUCAAGUCUCUCGGGAAUUACGAAUAGCACAGACAUCACAGGCUCCAUGGACGUGAUGGAUAUCACAGCGUUCACAGCCAUCGCGACCCCAUACAUGCAUGCAGGUACAGGCCCUGUACGUGUCAGGGACAGCAUAGAUUUCUCGGAAUUCACAGGCAUCACUGACAUCACAGAUGUUACAGAUCUUCCAGAAAAUGAGGUCCCAGAGGUCCCAGAUGUAAGAAUUGUCACAGAAGUCACAGAAGUCACAGAAGCCACAGAAGUCACAGAAAACUUGGAUGUUACAAAAUGCUCAGGAGUCACAGUCGUGUUUGAAAACGAUGACUUAAUCAGGGCCAAGCAAGAGGAGGAGGAAAAAAUGAAAGACAUUCUGCAGCCUGGGUGUCUACAAGAUACAAAAAGUAAGAGUGAGUUGAAAGAAUCCCCAAAACAUGUCACCAUCUCAAACAUAACUGUGACUUUUGAAGGUAAAGGAUAUUUUCAAACUACCUUGACUCCAGUAGAAAGUGAGGCAAAUACAUCCAAGGAGAUGGAGGAUAAGACCUCUGAAGAAAAGACACCUGAUUUUAAGAGCACGGCUCUCAAGGCUGAAGAAUCCAGGAGCUUGAGAACCGAAUCAAACACUUCGGUUCUCUCCCCUCAUAUCAAAUCUUCUUCUAAUUUCCUCAAGCUUGUGCCUCAUCUGUCUCCCCUUUUCUCAAGGGAAUGAAUGUGAGGAAAGAAAAGUAAAAUAGAAAAAGACAAAAUUGAUGAAAAAACAUGUAAGACAACUUAAAGGUAACUUUUUAAUUGUAAGUCUCUAUAGGAAUACAUG